CGCGAAUGGACGAUUUGCGCCGACUCGACGGGUCAAGUCAGCGAGGAUUUGAAACAGUCCUCGGAAAAGAUGUGCUCUGGCUUUGCUCAUGCAUUUGCCAAGUAUCUUUCGUCCGGUUAGAUGCUGCACUUGGUAGACGGCGAAGUGCGGAAUGAUCUGGACCCCGCGUAACCACUUGACCAAUUACUAAGUUCAGAGGUGACCAGUUCAAUCCAGUGUCCGUUGAUGGCAAGAUACCGGGUUUCGCCUAGUGCGAUGCCUCGCAUCCCCAGGUCCAUCCCACGUCCGAACAAGGAGCACUCAUCACCGGCAUUCACGAUAAGCCGGCCGUUCGUUGGUCUCAGUAGACGUGAAGAAGUUUGUAAGAAUGUCGCCGGGAACGAGGAUGGUCCUUUCACUCAUGUUGCCGAUCCUCGUCUGCGCCUCGAUACUAUUCGGCGAUUCGAGUGCUCUGGAGUGCUUCGAGUGCAACAGCCACAUCGACAAACGGUGCGCCGAUUCCGUUCCUCCCGAAUCACUGAAGAGAAUAUGCCACAACAACGAGAACGGCAUCAAGUACAGCUUGUGUCGGAAGAUGGAUCAGACGGUAGAUUUCUCCGUCUACGAACUGAAACCGGAGAGACGAAUCAUAAGAACCUGUGGCUGGGACGAAUCGAGGUUCCGAAAUCAGUGCUACGAAAAGGGUGGAUACGGGGGUUACCAGAAGGUCUGCUCGUGUUACGGUAACAAUUGUAAUGCCGGAGAUGGCCACACGCCCAUCUUCUUUCUCGUCCUGUCGUCAUCUUUCAUUCUUGGCAUCCUCACGAGAGAAUUGUAUACUUUGUAAUUUGUAAGACUGCAUUGCGCACUGUAUAAUCCGCAAGUCCUUUUGCUGCAUGCGGUUUUUUGAUGUUCUUGUCGUUGCUUUUGUUCGUUGUUUUCUGUAAUCUUCGUCCUAUACGUUUUAACGAACAAACCAAAUCAUUCAUCUAUUAAAACAUUACGUACAGGUGUAUAAAUUAUUAUAUUUGUCAAAACAGUGCAGGAUACAAAUACAUGAUCAGUUGUUAUUGGUA